GCAAGCAACCAUGUUUGGCAGGCAUCGCAAGGUCGGGCAUCGUGCGGCGUAGAGGCAGCGCGAGUUUUUAUCAUUUUAUUUGUCCCCUAGGUCUCUGUAUGUGCCGACAAUGGUCACAUUUCACAGAACAGUAAUAUUGUUCUAAGUACGUUACCGCGUUUGCUAUGCAUACCACGGAAGUUGGCGUCAGUAACGUCCCCGCAUUUUUAGUUAAGCUAUGGAAGCUUGUCGAAGACGAGAAAUGCAACGACCUGAUCAGCUGGAGCUCGACUGGACAGAGCUUCAUCAUACACAACCAGACGCAGUUUGCCAAGGAACUUCUGCCCCUAUACUUCAAGCACAACAACAUGGCAAGCUUGAUCAGGCAGCUAAAUAUGUAUGGCUUUCGCAAAGUGGCCAACAUAGACCAGGGUCUAAGGUCAGACCGAGAGGGAAUAGAGUUUUUCCAUAACUUCUUCAUUCGGGGUCAAGAAUGUCUGCUAGAAUUCAUCAAGCGAAAGGUUCCAUCUAGCCGGGCAGGUGCAGUUGUCCCUGAUGAUGGACGAGCACGCAGCGAGGUUUUCAAGGAGCUGCUUUCAGAUGUGGGCAGCAUCCAGGGCCGCCAAGAGCAGAUGGACCAGCUGCUUUCAGAAAUGAAAAAAGAAAACGAGGCAUUAUGGCGGGAGGUGGCUCGUCUGCGCCAGAAACACAUGAAGCAGCAGCAAAUAGUUGAAAAGCUCAUCCAAUUCUUGGUCACCAUGGUGCAGGCCAACCGUAAUAUCACCGUAAAGCGAAAAAUCCCACUCAUGCUCCACGACAGUCCCAGCACACAUGCAAAGGUGCCCCGACUGGCCAAGAAUGCCUUUAUUGCCGACUACCAAGUCAGUUCACCUGCUGGUUCACAGGUGUCUGAAGGUCCUGUAAUUCGUGAUGUAACUGAUCUAAUGGAAGACCUUGGUGAGACAAGUGGCCCCAUUGUUGCUGAUGUGGUGACUGCUGGCCAGUCCCCCGGGGCAGGCGAGGUGCCAGCUCCUGUGAUGUCAUUUCGUCCGAUUUCACCAGCAGCCUCCAAUGACUUGGACGUUAGUCCUGUAGUGGCUAGUCCUUUGAAUGCCACAGAAGCAAUAGAGCCUCUGUGCCUACUUGAUCCUCUUCAAGAUGAGGAGGGCUCAUAUGUACUUCCGUGUGACAUUGAAGAAGUGGUUGUGGAUUCAUCUGAGGACAGUUCAAAGGAACUAGCUGCAUCCUCUUCCAAGAGCCUAGCAGUGCCCAGUCUGAAGGCUGUCCAAGUUGUGACGUCUACCACUGACAAGCAGGCCACAUCUGCAAAUUCAGCCUUUUCUUCAUCUAACUCGAUUGGUGAGGAAGAGCCAACAAUGCUGGGUCAAAGGCAGGCACCCAAUGGUACCUCAGACCUGCUGAACAGUUGUGUCUUGCUGGAGGAAAUUCCCAUGUUUGUGGGUGAACCUCCUGUAGCAGCCAGUCCGUCGGGCCUGGCUGACCUUGCAACGGAGGAAAGCUCCAAGCACAAGGAGAAAGCAAUUGCACCACGCAGCCCAGGAAUGCAGGUGGCAUUGCAGGACAAGGCUGCUGGAUCCACUAAGGUUUUUGCAGAGCAUGUGGAAUCCAUAGAUACCGACUUGGAUUGGCUGCAAGACCAGCUAAUGAGUGGAGGGCUCAACUUGGACACUUCCACACUGAUGGGGGUAUGUCCUGACUGGACAGGGCUUCUGUCAAAAGCCUCAAAGUUGUUCUCUCCUGAAGAUCCAUUGACGUCUUGUUUGGGGGAAUUGGCUACUGAAAACAGGUCUAUUUCAGACACCAUAGGCAACGAGGUGGUGCAGUACACACCAAGCCUCCUUGACCUGGGCAUUGAAGACGACUCCUCAUUUCAGCCUGUUAAUGAGCUUCUUUUGUCCGACGAUGAACUCCCAAGCAACUCAUCUAUGCCAGCUAACGGUGAAUCAAUCAGCAGGCCUGGCUCCUUGGUUGCUUCCGAGAAGAGUACAAGCUUGUGUUCUGCAUCCCCAUCACACCUGCAACCCGACAGCACUAAAGCGGUGCAGACUGUGCCCCGGUUAGUUGGAAAGAAAGGAAGUACAUCAAGCAAGAAGCGCCGUGGAAAUAGCAAAAAGUGAAACUGACUAAUAUUGAAAGGGAAAGUAACUAGUGAACUAAAUUUGUGUUGGACCCAGUCUCGUUAACACCCUUACCCAGUUUUUCACAUUACAUUGGUCUUUGUGAGUGUAGGAUACCAACUGCCUCAAGUAUUUGGUAUCAUUGCCUUCUGUUAUGACCAGCUCCUGUUAGUAGUACCUUUACAUGUAAUACCUACAUGCAUUUUAGAUAUUCAGUAACUUGUUCUUCUGCACAAUGUGUUUCCCAUGUUGAAAAUUGUGUAUUUAUUAACUGUACACCUAUAACUACCCUUUCAACAAGUGAGGUUUCUCUGCACCUUUAUUGUUUUAACCUCUUGUGAUGGCUUCCCUUUUCAGCCGACUCCCUUCAUUUCUUUUAAAUAUACUAUUCUUUAUUUUUUGUUGUAUGUGACAUCUUGGUUGACCUAGAUUCGCACAUGUCAAAUAUAUUGCAAAACCAACACUGAGUGACAGUGUUGGCCAAGAGAAGAAUUGAAAAGCCUUUCAAUUGCUUCUAUAUUGUUGUACUUCAACAUUUUCAGCUGUCUUGUGCACAUUGUACACCAUUGUAGUGGAAAACCACAUAAGUUUAGAGAUAAAUAAAGUGUUUCUGUUGACCAUG